AAAGUCGAGCCCUGGAGGUGGAGACGGCUUCCCGGCGGGGAACAAUUUGACUGCAGACUUUGGUUGAAAUGAUUUCCAAAAGACGACUGUCAAAAUCUGAAGAGAACGAAAGCCGGACAGAAGAUGCCUCCAAAGCCAGGAAGCUACCUCCUUCCAAAAAGACCAAGAGAUCUCAUGUUCAUACUGAAGUUGAAGAAAAUGACAGUGUCUUUGUAGAGCUUCUUAAGGCAUCAGGAAUUAUUCUUAAAACAGGAGAGAGUCAGAAUCAACUAGUUGUGGAUCAGAUAAUGUUUCAAAAGAAGCUUUUUCAGACCCUGAGGAAACAUCCUUCUUAUCCCCAAAUACUAGAAGAAUUUGUUAGUGGCCUGGAGUCUUACAUCGAAGACCAAGACUGUUUCAGGAACUGCCUCUUGUCUUGUGCGCGUCUGCAGGAUGAGGAAGCCAGCAUGGGCACACCUUACUGUAAGAGCCUCAUCAAGCUGCUUUUGGGGAUUGACACAUUGCAGCCAGCCAUUAUCAAACUUUUAUUUGAAAAGUUGCCGGAAUUUCUUUUUGAAAACCGAAACAGCGAUGGAAUCAGCAUGCCUCGACUCAUUAUCAAUCAACUAAAAUGGCUGGAUCGAGUUGUGGAUAGCAAGGACCUCACCACCAAGAUUAUGCAGCUGAUCAGUAUUGCUCCAGUGCCCCUGCAGCACGACUUCAUCACCAGCCUGCCUGAGGUCCUCGGGGAUUCCCAGCAUGCUGCUGUGGGCAAAGAACUCAGUGACCUGCUCGGGGAGAAGACGUCCCUCACUGUCCCGAUUUUGGAUGUUCUCUCCAGCCUCCAGCUGGACCUGAAGCUCCUGUCCAAGGUUCGCCAGUUGGUGAUGGGUAAGCUGUCGGCUGUCAAACUGGAAGAUUUACCGGUGAUCAUCAAGUUCAUCCUUCAUGCCACAACAGCCACUGAUGCAGUCCAGGUGAUUUCUGAGCUGCGGGAGCAGUUGGAUCUGCAGCACUGUGUUUUGCCAUCACAGUUGCAGGCCUCUCAAAGCAAGUUGAAGAGUAAAGGACGGACCAGUUCUCCAGGACAUCAGGAAGGCAGUGCUCAGGACUGUGUCCUCCUCCUCUUCGAUGUAAUCAAGUCAGCUGUUAGAUACGAAAAAACCACUGCAGAAGCCUGGAUUAAGGCAAUUGAAAACAUCACCUCCGCAUCCGACCACAAGAUUUUUGACAUGGUGAUGCUUCUCAUCAUCUAUGGCACCAGCCCUCAGACAAAGAAGUCCGUUGAAAGGGUGCUAAGAAACAAACUUCGCUCCGGCUCCAUUCAAGAACAGCUGCUAAAGAACACGUUCUGUACUCAUGCUCUGGUCCUGAAGGACGUUUGUCCGUCCGUCCUGUCUCUGGCACAGAGCCUGUUGCGUUCCCGGGAGCAGGGUGUGAAUUCCUUUGGCAGUCUCCUCUACAAGCAUGCCUUCACGACUUUUGACGCUUACCACCAGCAGCAAGUGGUGGCCGCUCUGGUGACCCAUGUCUGCAGUGGAAACCAUGCAGAGGUCGAUGCUGCCUUGGACGUCCUCCUCGAGUUGGCUGCGCUCAACCUGGCUGCUGUGCGGCUGAAUGCUGUCUUUGUUAAGGGCAUUUUAGAUUAUCUGGAUAAUCUGUCACCUCCACAAAUACGAAAACUCUUCCAAAUCCUGAGCACCCUGGCCCUCGGCAAAGACCAGGAAGCUGGCAGCCACAUCCAGGAUGACAUGCACUUGGUGAUACGCAAGCAGCUCUCGAGCACUGUGCUGAGGUACAAGCUCAUUGGGGUGAUUGGUGCCGUCACCAUGGCUGGCGUCAUGGCAUCAGGCAGAGGCUCUUCCAGGAGAGCAGACCUGAGCCACGAGGAGUGUGAAGAGGUGAGCUCCUUGCUCCAGUUAGUUCACUCCUGCAGCGAGCAGUCUCCACAGGCCUCUGCGCUUUAUUACGAUGAAUUUGCCAACGUGAUCCAAGGAGGGCACCUGGCUCCCAACACCCUGGAAUGGGCUGGGCAGGCCAUCCUUAACAACUUCCAAGAAGCAUUCGUGGUGGAUCUCUGCGCUAUCCCAGAAGGGGACGGCCUGUUCCCCGUGAAAGCUCUCUACGGGCUGGAGCAGUACAACAGUCAGGACGGGAUCGCCAUCAACCUGCUGCCAAUGCUCUUCUCUCAGGACUUUGCGGAAGACCGGGGCAGAGCAGCCUCCCCUGAAUCAGGCCCAAAAUUGGUCUCUCCGUUGUGCCUGGCUUCCCACUUCCGACUCCUGAGGCUGUGUGUGGAGAGGCAGCAUGGUGGCAAGUUGGAGGAGAUCGAUGGUUUACUAGAUUGCCCUCUUUGCCUCACGGACCUGGACCCUGGAGAGAAGCUGGCGUCCAUGUCUGCUAAAGAGCAGUCAUUCAUGUGCUCACUCAUAUUUCUCACCCUCAACUGGUUCCGAGAGGUUGUGAAUGCCUUCUGCCAGCAGACGUCACCUGAGAUGAAGGGGAAGGUGCUCACCCGCUUAAAGCACAUCAUAGAAUUACAGGAGAUCCUGGAGAAGUACUUGGCAGUCAUCCCAGACUAUGUUCCUCCUCUUGCAAACUUUGAUUUGGAUACGUUCGAUGCAGCGCCUCAUACCAGCACUGCUGUGCCUACAAAAUUCCGAGCAGCGGGAAAGAAAAGAGGAACAAAACGGAAGGCCGAUGGCAGCAAAACGUCCUUAGCUGACACCCUGUCAAAGGAGGAUACUUUGGAAUGCGACCCCACACCCUCUGAUAAGAGCCAACAGGAAAAGGAGUUCACCAAGAAGGAAGAAGAAAAGACGCCGGUGUCGCUACAGAACUACCAGGCUUUUUUCCGAGAGCUGGACAUUGAGGUUUUCUCCAUCCUGCAUUGUGGGCUGGUGACCAAGUUCAUCUUAGAUACCGAAAUGCACACUGAAGCCACAGAAGUUGUACAGCUCGGGCCCCCUGAGCUGCUUUUCCUGCUGGAUGAUCUCUCCCAGAAGCUGGGAGAGGUGUUGACUCCUGCUGCCAAGAGAACCCCCUUCUUCAAGAGCAAAGGAAACUGGAAUAUUGGAUUCUCGCAUCUCCAUCAGAGAUCUGCCCAGGACAUCGCUCACUAUAUCGUUCGCUUGAUGCCUCCCAUGUGUAGCCAUCUGGAGAACGUUCACAACUAUUUCCAGUGCUUGGUUGGUGAGAAUGAGGGCGUGGCUGAUGGACCAGGAACCAAAGGCCAGGAGCACCAGAUCAUGUCUGCCUGCUAUCAAAGGCUCCUGCAAAUUAUCUAUGGGCUGUUUGCAUGGAGUGGGUUUUUCCAACCUGAAAAUCACAACUUACUACACUCUGCUCUCGAGGUGCUUGCUAGCCGACUGAAGCAGGGAGACCAUGACCAGCCGCUGGAGGACCUGCUCAGCCAGAGCUUCCACUACUUGUUCAAUUUCCGUCACAGCGUUCCCAGUCUCCAGUGUGCCCUGCACCUCAUCAGACUGUUGAUGGUCAUUGCGAUGAAGUCGACGGUUCUUGCUCAGAACAAAGAAAAAAUCGCUUCCCUGGCCAAGCAGUUCCUCUGCCGGGAGUGGCCCAACGGGGCGAGAGGGAAGGGCGCCACCUUCAGUGACCAGCUGCAUGCUCUGCUCUGCAUCUACCUGGAGCACACGGACAGCGUGCUGAAGGCCGUAGAGGAGAUCGCUGGGGUCGGGGUUCCAGAACUGAUAAAUGCACCUAAAAAUGCAGCUUCCUCCACGUUCCCGACACUGACCAGGCAGACGUUUGUCAUCUUCUUCCGGGUGCUGCUGGAGGAACUAGAGAAGACAGUGAAAGGUCUUCAGGCCGGCACGGCAGCAGACCCGCCACAGGUUCACGAGGAGAAGCUCCUCUACUGGAACCUGGCUGUCCGAGACUUUAGUAUCCUGCUCAACCUGAUCAAGGUGUUUGACAGCCGUCCGGUUCUGCACGCCUGCUUGAAGUAUGGGCAUCUCUUUGUGGAAGCAUUUCUGAAGCAGUGUAUGCCACUCCUGGACUUCAGCUUCAGAAAACACCGGGAAGAUGUUCUGAGCUUACUGGAAACCUUCCAGUUGGACACGAGACUGCUCCAUCACCUGUGUGGACAUUCCAAGAUUCACCAGGACAUGAGCCUCACCAAACACGUGCCUGUGCUCAAAAAGACGCUGGAGCUCUUGGUUUACAGAGUGGAGGCCAUGCUCAUCCUCAACAAUUGCCGGGAAGCUUUCUGGCUGGGAAAUCUCAAAAACCGGGACUUGCAGGGUGAAGAGAUUUUAUCCCAGAAUACCCAGGAGAGCACCGCGGACGAGAGCGAAGGGGACACCGCGUCCCAGGCCUCCAAGAGCAGAGCUAAGGAGGAAGAAGCAGAAGCAGCAAGUGAUGAAGGAAAAGAGCAAGAGAGCGAUGAGAGUGAGGACGAGUCUGACUAGACCUGAGAUCCACUGCCAGCUCUGCCCCAUUGCUGCCCGCAGGGCUCGAUGUCAGCUCGCUUCCGCGGUCACCCCGCGGAAUCCUCCGAGAAGGGGCCGUGCUGCAUCCUGAGAACUGAGGAGGAUUUCACCAGACUCGGGAUUCUGCUGUGGCAUAGCCACGACUUUGCAGUUUGGGCGCGUGUGCCAGUGCUGUGCUCAGAGUACAAAUCCCGCUCAGCCGAGUCUGAGCCCCGUCACUCACGACGGAUGAGCUAGUUUCAAAACCCUCUGAUCUAUUCUGGAAUUGAAGUUCCUACCAGUUUGACAAAUAAAUUCCCUGCCUGCUCUGCCUCUGG